AUGGUCUAUACCCGUCAAUCAAAUGUCAAUAAGCAUCCCGGAAACAUCUUGAAAGGAACUCCUCAUCGCCCACCUGAUAUUAUUGCUGAAGAGCGCCAUCUUGCUGCUCAGGCAAAGCAGCUAAUUGCUGACCAACAAGCUGCGAGCCUACAGCGUCUUGCUGAGUUGGAAAAUCACUUGGAAGAGGAGCAUAGUCAAGCUGCGACAUUCGGCUCCUCCCCAUCUCACGUUGAGCACGCUGGUGGUGGUGGGCGUGCAAACAUUUUGGACAGUGCUGUCGAACAUCCUAGUAACGAUCGGGGAGGUGUCGGCAAACCUAAACAGGUUCAUGCUUCGAACGCUCCCACACCGAAGAUGCCUGCUAAGGCUGCACCGCAGUCCACCACAUCCAAGAUGGCCAAGAAGUCACGAACGACGCGAGCAGACAUUGAUGCUCACCGCAACAGUCUACUGAAUGCAGAUCUCAAUGACAAGCCUAUUGUCUUGGUCUCUGGCAAGCGCAAGUCUUCGAAAGACUCGUCAGUUCCCACAGUGGUAAAGAAAGCAAGGGCUGCCAAUCCCUCUGGGUUGCUAGCUGGGUGGACUCAGCAUGACAGUUCUAUGUCCCCUGCAGCAGGAACACAGUUCAAACACCUCACACAUGUGUCACUACCACCCUCGGCCAUGACGGCCAUGGAUGUACGAGACUAUGGUGGGUAUGUCUCAAGUGAGGAUGACGGGACUGAGGAGUGUGAGCUUGCUCGCUCCAGUCAGAACAUCACAAAGGGUGUCGUUGCAAUCAAGCGAGAAGAUCCAGCAAUCAUGAUCAAGACUGAGCUCGCCACUUCACAUAAUUCCGUCACUGGCGAGGCAGGCAGUGGUGCGAAUGGCGGGUUUGUGAAAGUUGAUCUUCCUGCUGGUGCUGAACCACGCUGGAGCAAGGAGUACAUUCCGACGGUCCUCGAUUACAUAGGAACAUUACCGAACCCCUGGGACAUUGCAGCCGUCAAUUUUGUCAAGGUGUUCCAACAGAUCUGGGACUUGGUUUUUCCCGACAUUCUAUACCUGGUUAAUGAUAAGGGUGCUGUCUAUGCUUUAACACAGCAGAAGAUCUAUGACUGGCGCAGUGGCUUCGCCAAGUCAGCUGCCGAUCACGUUGCUCGCUUGUUCCAGCUCGACAUUCUGGAAGAACUGAAGAAGAGAAGGCUCGAAAACACAGCCGAAGGCCAUGCGACCUACGUUGCACAGCAAAUCACUGGCAACUACCUCUUUCUAUAUGGUGAUGUGAAGGUUAGCAAAGAUGAUGGGUCCAUUGUCUCUUGGAACAAACCAUUCCAGUCCCAACUUGUCCUUGCGACACUUGCAUACCACAUGAAUGCCACAGCAGGGGCGAUCUUGUACAUUGAGGCCACCCCCAGAGGUGCUCUCGCAAUGUCGACUGUUGCAGUCGAGUGCGCAAUCGGCAUGUACACUACCGGCACCUACAUAACACCAAGGGAGAAGUUUGCGGAACAGAUAUGGAGCCGCGUUCUCAACUUAUACAAGAUCUCGAUUGAGACCUUGAUGCCGGGGACGUGGGACGUGAUUGUCGAUUCUGCAAAUGGCCUCGCCGCUCUCAAUCGCAAUCUCCCCAACCUCAACGAAGCCGCAGGACCAGUGGAUGGACGUGCCCUCAUCACUGAUUAUCGAUGGUACAGCUGUAAGUUCGGCAAGGAACCCACUACUCACCUGGAUCAACUCAAACAAAGACUGCCGCACAACAGAGGCAACAUAACCGUAUCGGUAGCAGAGCUCAGGGAAGUCAAGCAUAUGUCCGACGUUGGACAGGCAUGCAAGAUCUCUGAGAAUGGCUUGUUGAAGGAGACGAAGGAGCGGGGAGAGGACUUGGAGCAAGCGGGCGAAGAGACGCUCGACGCGGAUCGACCGAUCGACCGAACGUCCGCUCCGGCCCCAGGGCAGGACCCCGGCGAAUCCCCCAAGAGCUCUGAUCCCGAAAACCCCGAAAAGGGGGCCUCUGGAGCCAAAAACUUAUAUCUCAAACCCCCGAAACGGGCCCCGGACGGCGGUCAGGUUAUGUGCCAGGUGCCCCCGAAACCAGGCGUCCGGGGCGAGCCCCCAUGCAAUAUUCUUGACCUGCUAAAGCCAGAUGUGAAUCUGCCUGUGUCCGAAUUUUUGCAGCUCCUUCCCGUCCUGCCAGCUGCUGUCGUCUGGCCAGUAGUCUCCAGGAGUUCGACACCACAAAAAGCGGAUUACGUUGAAUCCCAUUUACCCCCGAAACUGACCGGAAUCAGGCGAGGUUAUGUGAAGUUCCCCCGAAAUCGACCAUGGGCUGACCCCCGGAGGGGGGUCCGCGCGGGAUCAGAGCUCUUGGGGGAUUCGCCGGGGUCCUCCCAGGGCAGCCCUGUCGUCGACGUCGUCGACGACCUCGCGUUCGCCGUGCCGGAGGAGCUCGCAAUGCACAUCUCAUGCCCUUGUUCUCUUCAUCGAUGUCUAGCAUCACCUCCACGGCGACCCUCCGUGUCUUGUCGUCCAUUCAUGCCUGUUGGCCGGACUUUCUGCACUUUCCAGCUUGUGCCGUAUGGUUUGAGUCUGCGGUGGUUGUAUUUUGGACUCGUCAUCAUGGUGUGUGAUGCCCAUUCGCGGCAGACGCUUAUCAUCUACAGGCUUGUCUUCGCGCUCAACAUAGUUGGCUGA